AUGCAGGUCAUGGUGAACGUGUUCGUGGACCAGGCAUCGGCGCGUGAAUUCUCGAAGGCAUCUCUCUCUGGCGCCCUCUUUGAUUGGAUGGAGGAUCGGCACGUCGAUGGCAUCAACUUCGAGUUCGAUCCGGACUCCUUCCAGGGGAAUCUUGACGCUGCCAAAGGUGCAGUGGCCUUCUUCACAAGCGUGCGUCAGGACAGCCGCUGGGGUAACCUGACCUUGUGCGCCAUGCUUCCGUACGGGGCCACCCUCCUCCUCAAGGACGAUCUCCGUUCUCUGCUGGACUUCGUGUUCGUCAGGACUCACGGAUUGCUGGACGAACCAGCCGGAAGAACGCAGCUGGCAGCGCCCCUCAACGACGCUGGUCUUGUCCACCGAAGAUCAAACGUCAAAACCGUCAUGUCCUUGCUGGAGGAGCUGGAGUUUGGUCUGAACAAGAGGACCUGCUUCACUAUCUCGCUAUCGGGGAUUGGCUUCACGCUACAGUCGCCAUUACUGCACGGAGUUGGGGACCCAAUCAAGUCGGAGCCUCUCAAGCGUAUCUCCUUCUCGGAGACAUGCGACGAGCGUGCUGGCAGAACCAAAACGGUCGAAGACGACGCCGCCUACUCCUCAGAAGGCGACCUCUGGGUGACGCACGAAGACCAGUUCACGGUCUUCGAGAAGAUCGCCAAGGUACUGCGGCACUGGCAUUUCCUCUGCGUGGGCGUCGUCGACGUGGAUUUGGACGACGUGCGAGGAUCCUGUGGCCGUGUCUACCCUCUCCUCAGGAGAGUCUACGAGACUUCCUACAUCCUCAAGUACUUUUAGGGGCGAUUGAGCAGUCUAACGCAAAUAAAAACAUUCUCGAGA